AUGGAAAAAAUGAUGAAACAUCAGGAGAUGACCAGCAACAAUCAUGAAGCCUCAAUGAGAAACUUAGAAAGGCAAAUUGGUCAAUUGUCCAGGCAAGCAGUGAUUGAGAGACUAGCCAGCUCACUCCCAAGUGAUACCAUUUCAAACCCCAAAGAGGAAUGCAAAGCCAUCCAGUUAAGGAGUGGAAGAACCUUGGUGAAAGACAAAGAAACUAACAAGAAGCUUAUGGAGAAUGAAAAGGCUAGUAGUGAGAAAGAUGAAGCCAACAACAAAAAGAAAGACAAGCAAGAACAGGAGAAGCUUAAAGAGAAAGAUGAGCAUCUACAAGCUUCAAGGAAAGGGAAGCAAGUAAUGGAGGAAUCAUCACAAGAACAAAGGAAGGUGGUGAAGGCAUACACACCUCGUUUGCCAUAUCCUCAAAGGCUACAAAAAGAGCUCAAGGACCAAUAA